AUAAAAGUUACUUUGAUUUGUUCUCUUACAGACAACUAGCAGCAAAUACUGAAAAUCAACACCGCUUUAGUUUCACAUACUCCCUUCCCUUUGUUAUAGAGAUACUAUUAUGGGAUCUGGAGCUGGAAAUUUCCUGAAGUUGGUUCUCAAGAAUUUUGAUGUAAUUGUUGGGCCUGUUCUUAGUCUUGCAUAUCCUCUAUAUGCCUCAGUUAGGGCAAUUGAGACCAAAUCUCCUGUUGAUGACCAGCAAUGGCUUCCUUAUUGGGUUCUGUAUUCCAUGAUCACACUCUUUGAGCUAACUUUUGCCAAAUUUCUUCAAUGGAUUCCUAUCUGGCCAUAUGCAAAGCUGAUGAUAACCGGCUGGUUGGUCCUUCCUUACUUCAGUGGUGCUGCCUAUGUUUAUCACCAUUAUGUUAGACCUUUCAUUGUCAAUCCUCAGACCGUUAACAUCUGGUAUGUUCCAAGCAAAAAGGACCCUUCAGGUAAGCCAGGUGACAUUCUAACUGCAGCAGAGAAGUACAUUCAAGAGAAUGGAACUGAAGCAUUUGAGAAUAUGAUCACAAAGGCUGAUAAAUCAAGUAAGAAACAUACUCAUGCAUUGUGAUGGGAGCUACUGCAUGCAAUAAUCACUACUUAGGAGGAGCAUGGAAAGGUUUACCUGAUUGAAAUCUUGUUAGAGUGCAACUAUCUCGUGCUUAGUUCAUGUUUGGAAAGCAGAAUUAAUUCUAACUAGUAAAUUGGUGUUUGUGUGUACCAUUAAAAUUAAUUACAUGUCAAGAAUCAAUUCUCCUUGCCACAACAAAUAGUUCAUUCUGCUUUCAACAUAUAAAUUAUGA